AUGAAUCUUCACUUGUUUCGUGAUAGGGCUUCCGCAGUUCAGCUAAUAAAUCCAAAAUCUGAAGUAGCUAGACGCGGCCAAGCACUUCAACUCAACAUCACUGCGGCUGUUGGUUUACAGGAUGUGUUGAAAUCGAACCUUGGGCCGAAAGGCACCAUCAAAAUGUUAGUUGAUGGCGCGGGAAGCAUAAAGUUAACGAAAGAUGCACGAGCAGCCACCGCACAAGAUGAAAUCACAGGAGACGGAACAACAUCUAUUGUAUUAUUAGUUGGAGAACUAAUGAAACAAGCUGAACGAUACGUAUCAGAAGGGCUGCAUCCUAGAAUUAUCACAGAAGGUUUUGAUUUGGCAAGAAAGGAGUCAUUAGAGUUUCUCGACAAAUUCAAAGUUCAACGACCAAUUGACCGAGAACUUUUAACAAACGUGGCACGAACUUCACUACGCACCAAAGUACACAUCAAAUUAGCCGAUUCAUUAACUGAGGCAGUCGUUGAUGCAGUUUUAGCGAUUAAGCGAGAUGACGAGCCGAUCGAUUUACACAUGGUGGAAAUUAUGAAAAUGCAGCACAAGACUUCGAUUGAUUCACGACUGAUUCGCGGACUUGUGUUAGAUCAUGGUGCACGUCAUCCUGACAUGCCGAAACGUGUUGAAGACGCGUAUAUUUUGACGUUAAAUGUGUCGUUGGAAUAUGAAAAGAGUGAAAUCAACUCUGGCUUCUUUUACUCGUCAGCGGAACAGCGAGAAAAACUCGUACAAUCCGAGCGAAAAUUCACUGAUGAAAAAGUACGAAAAAUUGUCGACUUGAAGAAUAAAGUAGUCGGAGACUCGAAAAAAGGGUUUAUGGUGAUUAACCAGAAAGGAAUAGACCCUCUUUCGUUGGAUAUUCUUUGUAAGAAUAAUAUUUUGGCUUUACGACGCGCUAAAAGAAGAAAUAUGGAAAGAUUACAACUUGUGUGUGGUGGAGUCGCUCAAAAUUCUGUUGAUGAUUUAACCCCAGAAAUUUUGGGUCAUGCUGGUCUCAUAUACGAACAUACUUUGGGUGAAGAAAAAUAUACGUUUGUUGAGGAAGUGGAGGACCCAAAAUCUGUAACAAUAUUAAUUAAAGGACCAAAUGCUCACACAAUCUCACAAAUCAACGAUGCUGUACGUGACGGUCUUCGCGCUGUAAAGAAUACCAUAGAAGACGGUGCUGUUGUCCCUGGUGCGGGCGCGUUCCAAGUAGCACUCGCAGCCCAUUUGACAAAAUACAAAGAUUCGGUUAAAGGUCGUGCUAAAAUGGGAAUACAAGCAUUUGCGGAUGCAAUGUUAAUUAUCCCCAAAGUGCUUGCACAGAAUGGAGGAUUUGAUGCACAAGAUACGAUUGUUGCGUUACAGGAAGAACAUGCAGCGGGCCACAUAGUUGGGGUGGACCUUAAUACAGGAGAGACGCUUGAUCCGGUGCUCGAAGGAAUUUGGGAUAAUUAUCGAGUGGUGCGACACAUGCUACAUUCUUGCUCGGUAAUUUCGAGUAAUUUUCUGUUAGUCGAUGAAAUGAUGCGUGCCGGCAAAUCUAGUCUUAAAAAUGAUAAUGUUGGGAAUUAA